GGCGGCGUUUAUAUCAGACCAACCCGAGACGACAGCGCGACACCGGGGAGUUCCGGUAGAUAAAACACAGCGACCAACUGUUACGUUACAUUUAGAGGGGUAAAAGCCGCCGAAGCGUCACGGGUGUAUUUUGUUGUAACCGCCGUUUUAACGUCCAUGAAAGCGGAGACGCUCUAGCAGCGGGACACUCUGGAAGGGACGGAGAUACCCCGGGAGGAUGUCGAGCGACGAACAUGUCAACCGAUGAGCUGCGAGGCCAAAGAAGACGUCAUGUCGCUCCGCAGCUCGAGCGGCCGAGCCACAGUGACUCACGCGGUGGUGGUGAUCUUCCUGGAGUUCUUCGCCUGGGGGCUGCUGACCACGCCCAUGCUGACGGUCCUCCAUGAGACGUUUCCUCAGCACACCUUCCUGAUGAACGGCCUAGUGCACGGAGUCAAGGGCUUCCUGUCGUUCCUGUCGGCUCCUCUGAUUGGUGCUCUGUCGGACAUCUGGGGCAGGAAGUCCUUCCUCCUCAUGACGGUGUUCUUCACCUGCGCCCCCAUCCCCUUCAUGAGGAUCAGCCCCUGGUGGUACUUCGCUAUGAUCUCCAUCUCUGGGAUCUUCGCCGUGACCUUCUCAGUGAUCUUCGCCUACGUGGCCGACAUCACGGAGGAGCACGAGAGGAGCACCGCCUACGGACUGGUCUCGGCGACCUUCGCGGCCAGCUUGGUGACGAGCCCGGCUAUCGGCGCCUACCUGUCGGCGCAGUACGGCGACAGCCUGGUGGUGCUGGUUGCCACGGUGAUCGCCGUGGCCGACAUCGCCUUUGUGUUCUUCGUGGUUCCCGAGUCGCUGCCGGACAAGAUGAGGCUCACGUCCUGGGGCUUCCCCAUCUCCUGGGAGCAGGCCGACCCGUUCGCCUCUCUGCGCCGCGUGGGCAAAGACACCACGGUGCUGCUCAUCUGUGUCACCGUGUUCUUGUCCUACCUGCCGGAGGCGGGGCAGUACUCGAGCUUCUUCCUCUACCUGAAACAGGUGAUUAACUUUUCUCCGGCAGCCAUCGCUGCCUUCAUUGCCAUGGUGGGCGUCCUCUCCAUUAUCGCUCAGACUCUGUUCCUCAGUGUUCUCAUGAGAACCAUUGGGAACAAGAACACGGUUCUCCUGGGUCUGGGCUUCCAGCUCUUCCAGCUGGCCUGGUACGGCUUUGGCUCCGAGCCGUGGAUGAUGUGGGCAGCUGGGACAGUAGCAGCCAUGUCCUCCAUCACCUUCCCAGCUGUCUCUGCUCUGGUGUCACACAGCGCAUCAGCUGACCAGCAAGGUGUGGCCCAGGGGAUGAUCACAGGUAUCAGAGGUCUCUGUAAUGGUUUGGGUCCGGCUCUCUACGGGUUCAUCUUCUUCCUCUUCAAUGUGGAGCUGAACGACCUGCAUCCGGAAGAAAAGACUCAGAGAACAGAGAAGGCGCUGAUCCCGGGCCCCCCCUUCCUUUUCGGGGCGUGUGCCGUGCUAUUCGCUCUCCUGGUCGCCGUCUUCAUCCCUGAUCACCGCCGAUUGGCCGACGCCAAGACCUGCAAGUCCGGCAGCCCCGCCGCCGCCACACAAGCUCAGGGCGCCGGCCCUCUGGCCACGCCCACCAGCGACGCGGAGGACAUCGAACCGCUCCUGCAGGACAGCAGCAUGUGACUUGAGGGCCCGACACCCCACGGCCAAUCGCAUCGCUGUCUGCGCGGCCUACUAGCCCCGCCUCCUCUUUCAGAAUAAACCGGGUUUAGCUCUUUUAUUUUUUUAUUUCCUCGAGUCGGAUCGCCAGGCGACAAGACCUCAGACGAGCUUCACCUGGAGAUCAAUCCACUUAUACGUUUAUGUUUAUUACUUUUAAAGUAUUAAAUGUCCAACCAGAAUAAUUAACCCUUAAUUCUGUAAUUCACUAAUAUUAUUAUUAUUAUUAUUAUACUAUUUGUAGACUCCACAGUUCUCUCGUUUCAUGAAAGAAAGUUUGAUUAUAAAAUACAAAUAUAUAAACUUAUGAAUCGCUUAAUUAAAAAUUGCACCUAACUCCACCCGUCAGGUGUGCUGAAGUCAGGGCAUCAAGCGCUCCUCGAUGGGUUCUCCUCACCCCCCCACCCCUUGGUGUCAGGGGUCAGAGCUGCUCGGCAUUGUGGGAUACCACGGCGUGCUCCACAUCACUGGACUGUAGUGCCGGAUCUUUGUUUUUUUUCUUCUUUUUUUUUCUCUGGGCUGAGUGGAUAUCUGGUUUACCUGACAUGGUGUGUUUCACGAGGAACCCAAAGGACUGAAUCCUGCCCUCUGAUUGGUUGUUUGUCCAGAACCAAACGGUGCCAUGUUUUUAUUUUCACUAUUUACUCAUGACUCCGUUCAGGGACCUCAGUGCAUGCUGGGAGCAGCGUGCUUUCUUUUUUUCUUCGAGACGACCCGUCGGUCUGCAGAGACUUGAAACCUGUGUGGUGCGUUCAAGGACACUCUGACGUCCAAGAACCCAAAAGCAACGUAUUUGCGUCUUCUGAGUGACAGUAUGUCCCUGAAUGCACCAUCAAAGAGUCUCUAAUAGAAAUGUUACUGUGUCUGUUAUAAUGGAACAUAUGCUGCAUUCUAGGUCCAUCUCUUCUGUGGAAAAUCCUAGUUUCUGACGGAGGAAGGCGUUACAGAAGUGUUACUGAACGAUGUCGGCCUUGUUUUCACUUCGUCUAGCUGACUCUUUUUUCGUUUCUUCUCCAUCGUUCCCUGAAUGCAGCAACAGAAUGAUGAUGAUGAAGAGGAAGAUGUAGCUUCAUGGAGCACAAUCACAUUUUUAUUAUUAUUAUUUUUCACGUCACCCUUAGCUUCUCACACCAAACAUUUAAUCUAACAAUGUUGUCGCAUCUUUAACGAUGAUGUCACAUCUUUAACUAUUAUGUCACAUCUUUAAUGAUGAUGUCACAGACAGACCUGCAGUAUAUUUUUCUAGUCAGGAGUGGUGACUCCAUAUCCCAGAAUGCACCAGUGUUAUUAACGACAGUCCUGUUUGUUCUUUGUGUUGCUGCUGCUUUUAAGUCCCGUUGGAAAUGUCAGCGCCGCUCCAGGCGACGCUUGGCGUUUCAACCAUUUUAGAAAACCACUGAAGAAGAAUUCAACCGAUCGAUAAGUUCAGAGGUCGAUCUUUUAAUAAUAUAAUUAUUGAUUAUCACAUAAUUAUUAUAUAACUUGUUUUAGUAAAAGCUCAAGAGGAACAAGACAUCAGACAUUAAAGAUAUUCACAGAUGCAAGUUAUAGAUUUGUUUCAUUUAAACAUAAUCUAUAAACUAUUUUUUGUAAAGUGUAAAUAUUGAACUGAGGCUUUUUGUUAAAACCAAAAAUAUGUCAACAUUUAUACAUAACAUGAAUUAAUUAGAGAUAUUUUCCUUUUUUAAAUUCGUUAAAUAAAUUCUGACAAUCUGUAAAGUAUUGGAGUCAUUUUCAGAUUCAUAAAUGUUUUCUUUGAAUAUAUUUUGGUUUCCUUGUUUUUUUUUGCUCUUCAUCAUCUUCUUCACAAAGUUCUUGAUCAAAUCUGAACUUCACGUCGUCGUCUAGAUUCAGAAAGUUGGAGAAGCUCAAUUUUCCAACAGGCCCUGAAGAGAACAUGGUGAUGAUGAUGAAGAUUAGAUCAGAAACCUGUGCAGUCGAACAUUCCUUCCUCUUCUCCUCUUCCUCCAUCUCUUCCCCCAUCUCCUCCCUCUCUCUUCUCCUCUUCCUCCUCGUAGCUGCUCUGUAUUUCUCUGAUUUCGUGCCUCUGAUUUUCUUCAUAUCUGUUUUAUAGGAUCAAAGAAUGGUUUGUUUUUGUUAUAUUUUAUCUUAAGAACAUAAUUUUAAUAUCUAUAAUAAAAAUGAUAAUGAUGAUAAUAAAGAGAAAUGUAUUAAAUUUGAAA